UACGGCAAGACAUAUGUAUAUAUACCAGGUACCUAGAAAAGAGAUAUAUAAAACAACAUCUAUUACCUAGGUACAGCCACAACGGAAUAGGUACAUCAUGUCUAACUAUAGCAAUUCACGCAGCCGUCAAUACUACAGAUAUAAACCAGCCAAGCAGUACCCGUAUUCGACGCAAGAAAGAGUCAAGAACAGGCCUCUGCCCAGUGACCCGGCCCUUCGUUGGUUAGUGGAGUUCUAUCAUCCGGUCAUUUUCAACACCGACUGGCAGGGCCGCUAUUUUGACGAUAUACUCAGCUUAGACGAUGACGAACUCGAAGCAGAACCCGACUUUAUGGGUUGGCUGUUCCCGUGCCCGGAAAGAGUAGGUGCUACUUCCCUUUCGUCCGACUAUUCCGAGCCCGUCAUGGACGAGGAGACAUUUAUAUACAUGCGCCAGGAUGAAGGCAUCGGGGAAAAUCUCAAGCUUGCGAUUAUUCGUAUGCUCAACUACUAUGGCCUCUCUGUCGAGUAUAGCCCAGCCAAGUUGGAAAAUGCUACCGAGGUAGCCACUAUACGCGACGCUGGCGGCUCACCUGACAGGUUUAAGUACUGGGCAAGCAUGUACUCCUAUCACCACCAGAGAAUAGCCCGCAUCAUCAGAUCUACCCGUAUCCUGGGCUACCAAGACAUCGCAGUGUCCAUCAUGCGCGCGUUCCUCAAGAUUGCCGACGACCAGAAUCUGUUUAAGGACUGGCCUCCAGCGAUGGUAGCUACUAUCAGGGAGAGAUGGACUCGGGCAGCCCAGUCGCGUUUAGAAAUGGCGUGGGACGGCAAGAUUUAUGCUCCAUGGUUGGCAGAUUAUGAUAGACCAUAAAACUUUCUAGGUAGAAGUUGUUUUCGAUAGCUUUGACUUGUUGUUAGUAUAAGACACCUAGCAGCGCAAAGUACUUGGAGCUGUUUGAUUCUGAUAGAUAACAGGUACCUUACCUACUACUGAUUUUUUCACGUUAAAGUAUCCGGCACUGCCUGUGUAUGUUAUUUUAUUAGAAUAUACGAUAAUAUAUGAUGUUGUCUCGAAUUUUCAUGUUCAUCUUGCGCAUCUGAGUGUAUGACUAACCUCCUAAUGAGGUACCUAGGUACCUGUUAAACACUACAUAACCUAAUGCAUGUAGAACAAUAUUAUGCUCUGCUCUGAAAUUGACGUUUUUAAUGCAACCCUCCUAGUUGCCGUGUAAUGACGUAUGCUUUUUGUGAAAGUGUGGAAGAGCUGAACAAGCAAGGAAAAGCUACCCGCGCCAACCCGCUGUCAAUUGCCCACGUUUUCUUA